ACCAACCCGCCCGAGUUGUACCUAACGCCAACCGAAUCUCCUCUCACUCACGAGAACUCAUCUCUUUCGCAGCAGAGCAAAAGGGGGCUUUUCCUCUUCCUUUUCUACAAGGAUCUCUUCGUUUUCCAGAAAUGAUGAGGCGUGUUUACAGGCCAACAAAACCAUGGCAUGCAGCAGGAAAUUUCCGACUGGCAGCUUUUGCAUCUCUUCUAAUUCUCGCGGUCUUCAUAUUGCUUCUGAAAAACAAGGGAAAACCUGAUACUUCGUUUGGUCUUCCGAAGCUAAAAUGGAACAGCUUUCGGUCUUCCGUCGAAUUCCACCCUUCUUUAGAAUUCAUGAAUGGAACAGAUGUGAUUUGGCAGAUACCUGAUUCGCCCAAGGCGGUUCUCUUUCUAGCACAUGGGUGCAGUGGUCGAGCGGUGAACUUUUGGGACAGAUCGCCGAGCUGCCCGAAUUGUGUUGGCUUGCCCGAGGAAAGGCUAAUUGUCCUAAAUGCUCUCGCUCGGAAAUUUGCCGUCCUAACAGUAUCGAGCACUGGAAUAUGCUGGUCAUUUGGGAAGGAAAAAGAUAGGGUAAAAGGAAUUAUUAAAUGGUUUAUUGGGGAAAAUAAGCUCGAAAAGCUUCCAGUUAUGGCUCUAGGGGCAUCUUCUGGAGGGUACUUUGUUUCUGUACUUGCCAAAGAUAUGAGAUUUAGUGCCAUUACAUUGAUGAUUGCAGAAGGGAAGUUUGGUAAUAUGGAUAUUCCGGCAGAUUACCCUCCUACCCUUUUCGUACACAUGCCCAAAGACCAAAGACGUAUGAAGAUGAUAGGUGAAUACAUGGAAGCUCUUAAGAAGAAAGGAAUCCCCGUGGCCGAGAUUAAAUGUAUGGAGUUUCCCUUGACUCCAGACCUUCUAUCAGACAGGAUUCCAGGUUUGGAUCAGACCGUUUCCUUCAAGCUAUUUGAACUAUUCCGUGAUAAAGGUUUCAUGGACGAUAAUGGUUAUAUGAAAAAUGAUGGGCGUGCGAUUCCUUGGAAGGAAGCUAUCGAGGGAACAGAUUUAUUAUCUGAUAAGAAUGAAUGGGCCAAUCACAUUCAGGAAGAGAUGAAUCUUGCAUUUGCCUACCAUGAGAUGACCAGUUUGCAGUCAGAGCAAAUAUUCAAAUGGUUUGAAUCUCACAUGACCUGAUCACUAGGUGGACAUUUUGAACAGUGUUGCUAUUGUCAUAGGAGAGAUUGUUGAGUCCUUGAAUAUUGGAUGACUGACAUCUUUUCUACAGAUUCUCAUUUGCCCCUGCUAAUAGAAAAAGAGAUUUUGAACUGAAAAAUAAAAAAUGGACAUUCUACGGUCGAUUGAAAUACAUGAUAUGAAGGAGAAGUUUCUGAAGUUGAUAGCUGUUUUCUGGAGUUAUUAUGUCUUGGAAAUCUGAGGUGAAACCUGAACAGAGGAGGGGCUAUGUAAGAUCCAUCAAAGGCUUCCAUGUAGGAAAGGAAGGUGGAAAGUGGGGUUAAUUUUCUCAGUUAAACAGAUACCUUUUCUGUUCAUAAAUUUAUAGCAUGGGUGAAUACCAUUUUUUUUACACACACACACACACCCAAACCACAUGAGCACUCGAUCUCAUGAUCUCAGUAUUGAAAUAGAGUCUGUCUACCACUGAGGCAUGGAACCGUACCUGCAUGGGUGAAACCUUGAUCUUAAGGUACGUUUGAUAAAGUUUUGUGUUUUCUUUUUCUUUGUUCUUUCCUGCAUUCGAUGUAUGCUUAGUAAGGGUGUGUAUGGAUGCUUUUGUGAAUUGAAUUGCAAUUACUAUUCCCCAUAAAGUGAAAUGUACCAAAAUGUGAUUUC